UGACUGACAUCGGUCUUCGAAGCGAUUGGGUAACCUGCUAAAAAACAUCCACAUUUCAGUUAAGCUACCUUCUAUCAGGCUGAUAAUCGUUGGAGAUAUCGGUGUAGACCUCAUACAUAUUCCUGUUGAGGAUGAGAGCAUGACAAAGCAGAAAUGUGUCACCCUUCAUGGGUCUUCAAGCUGCUUGACCUGCCAAGCUGCUGGUCUAUCUGCAUGCACUUUCUUACAACCUCCCCCGCCAAAACGACGUGCUCCUGCGGGGAGUACAAGGGAAUCGACUUCUAAAAGGAUCCGUGGGCGGCGUCCUUCAGAGGAGCUGUCAUCGGCAUCAGCCUCUGAUUCCAUGUUAGACCAAGACCUCGACUACCCUAAGGAAUCAAUACUGACAAAAACAUUGGGUCUGGAAAAGAGCCGCUUCUCAGAACUCAUUGGGCCCGGUGGCGAACAUGACUUUCACUUAUUGCACACAGCUUAUGGUCAUUCCAAGUUACAGGCCUCGGGAGAUGGCGAUUAUACAACAACAUCUCGUGGAAUGCUCGGCCCGAUGGCGAUGCGAAGGGUCCAUAAAGAUGUCUUUUUCCAGAUGAUACCCGAUGCAGAGGUCUCCCAGGGUCUCCGAACAGAAGAUACGUGGGAUGAAGUCGACGUCGAGGAUGUUGAGUCUCUUGUCCGCCCACACGAGAAAUACAACCGGACAUAUCGCGAGAUUACUCCACAUCUUCUAGCCGCUGUCUAUGCGUUGGAUGUUUGCUGGUGGGCUUAUGAUCCGGAUUUGCUAUUACAAGAAAAGAUCAACGAGGCGGCGUUAGUAAGAAUCGCUCAUCAGGCCGUGCAGGAUGCCAUGCACCGCCCACGUCUGAACACUAUACAGGCAGGCCUUCUGCUUUUACAACGCCAUCGCAAUCCAUUGUUUAUGGAUAAUUCGUGGAUGUGGUCAUUCACUUCUUCUCUAUUGGGCUUGGGUCAUCAUCUUGGACUCCACCUCGACUGCUCAAGCUGGGAUAUUCCAGACUGGGAAAAAGGUCUCCGGAAACGACUAGCCUGGGCUCUUUUUAUUCAGGACUCAUUCUCAGCACUCGUUCUCGGUCGGCCUUGCCUCAUUUCUGAAACGUCGGAUUGGAUCGUGAAACCGUUGCAGGGUACCGAUUUUUCAGAAGGUGCUGGCGAUGAGGAAGCCAGUGAUCAGGUUGGAAGCGUUAGUAUCGAGAAUGGCAAAGCUCUAUUCAUUGAGCUAGUGAGUUUGAGCCGCAUCACAGCACGGAUGUUGCGUGAGCUCUACUCAGUCCGAUCUCUUGCGGAAGUACUAAAACCUCAGGAUGUGCUUGAUGUCGCAAAACCACUGGGAACGGAUCUUGCUCGAUUGCUCAAAAGUCUUCCUGACGUGUUGAGUCUGGAGAAUAUAGAACCUGGAAGAUUAUGUGUAAACGGCUUUCUCCAUCUUGCUUUGCAUGCAACAACUGCAGCACUGCACAGACGCCUUCUUUGGGUUAUACAGGAUUCAAGGUCUGAGGUCGAUCUACAGUUUGUCCAAUUCAUCCGAAAAAUGCUUCGAACUAGAGCGCAUAGUCUAGUUCAAUUCAUAUCUUGCCUUCGCCCUGAACAUAUGGAAGCUUUCUGGUUCUUUGCUGCUGGUGGAUGUGCGACUAUACUGGGAGGGUUUCUAGGCCUCCUCCGUACUACAAGUGUUACUGCGGAAGAAUCAGAGGACCUACAAAGUCUUAUGAAAGAGUUUGAGUGGCAGCUUCAAAUGAAAGCAAAAACGGGUGAUUGGGUAUCUUACACAUUGACUAGACUUCGAGCACUAGGUUGGGAUGAGUGGAAGAAUUCCAGGCUUGUGUUUCCAGAGUCCGAUCCCAACACAUCUGCUGGAAACACAAACGAAGAUACAGAGCAAUUUAAUGACAUAUCCAUAGGAAUAGAUGAGAGUAUCACUAUUUCGCCCCUUUCAAACCAACCACUUCCUGCACCUUUCAUCGACCUUGAUAAUAUCAUAUUGUGGAACGCUCCUGAUUCGAAUCGCUCUGCUUAUGAAUUUAUGGCCUUUAGAACGUGACCGCCGACCACAGAUACUGUCUGUUUACUCACAGAUUUGUUUAUUGUCAAAGAUACCCAAAACGUCCCUGCAACUUUUCAACAAACCAUUUUUACUUCCU